AUGUGGCUGUUUGACAACUUUAACAGUUGUUCUGGGACAGUGGCGGUUUUCCAUAAUGGAUCGGGUGGAGCAGUGUGUGCCAGUGAUGACUGGGAUCUACCAGAUGCUACGGUGGUGUGCAGAGAGAUAGGAUGUUGGAAAAGUAUUGGCUUUUUUACUAAUUAUAAUUGGAGCAGCACACCUCUGCAAACAUGGAUGAGCAAUGUGAACUGCACCGGAGAAGAAACGGCUCUGAGCUCCUGUGCAUUUCAGGGAUGGGGACCGGAUAACUGUGCUCCAAUAUAUGCAGGAGUCAUCUGCAGCCUUCCUGUCAGGCUGAUAGGUGGAUCAGACGGAUGUUCUGGACUUGUGGAGGUUUUUCAUGACGGUCAGUGGGGGACGGUGAAUGCUGAUGGCUGGGAUCUGGCAGACGCUGCAGUGGUGUGUAGAGAGUUGGGAUGUGGAGAUGCUGCACAGGCAACAGGCGGUGCUUUUGGACAAGGAAUUGGCCCAGUAUGGAUGACUUUGGUCGACUGUGUUGGCAGUGAGUCUUCACUUAUACAGUGUAGCUUAGAUCGAUGGCUGCCAAAUCACGUCAAUCAUCUGAAUGAUGCUGGAGUCGUCUGCACUCAUUCCAGUUCAUUUAGCAUCAGCUCUGUUCAGGACUCGAGUGUUAAAGUCCUGUUGAGGAUUAAAGUGAAGACGGAUGCCCGAUUCAACCCAAACAACCUAAAAACCUUGAGUAAAAUCAGAGAUGAGGGAACAUGUUUACCCACUGGUCCAGUGCAGUGCUGA